AUGGGAUCAUCGGAGUCCCGUUUGGAGUACAUGGUUGGGGCCAGCACUUGUGUUCGCCCAUCCCAUGACAUCUACUGUAAUGUUGUGGGAAGACCAUUGAUCGGAUGUGAGCUACUUCGCCUUCAGGGGUCAUUUCCCGAUGACUAUUCUUGUCCCGAUGCAUUAGCAGACUUGCCAGAAGGUUUGAAAAGGGAUUUGGCUAGCAACGCCUUCCCGACAACUGUGCUCCAGGCAAAUCUGAUCGCGACCAUGAUUGCCCAUCAGGAUGCCUGGCAUCAGGCAGCUUCCCGUGAGGACUUUGCAUCACCAAAACGGGGAUCGAGGUUGAACAGGAAAAGACCAAGACAGCGACAGCCACCUCCAGAAGAUGGUGAUGGGGAACCUCUGUGCUCGAAGGCGAAGAAGAACAACAGGAAGCGACCUUCGGAUGAUGAGACGAAUCAUGAUGAUGGCCCUAGUGUCAAGUCUGCCAGAAAGGAUUGGAUGAAGGGCGAUUGCCUGUCCAUUGCAAAGAAGCUGGCCUUGCUUAAAGAGUUUGAGGAGUGCAGGAACAGCGGCGUGCGGAACCCAAACAAGGAAAUGCUCCUGAGAAAGCGCCCGGGGUAUUUUAGUGGUUGCUGUAGCGAUAGCAAGUGGGGUGGUGCCCGAAAACGUUUCAAGUGGGACCUUUUUGCUGAGAUGAUGCCGAACCAGGCAGACAAGUGCGAUGAGGUACCUAGUUGGCUGAAGUCCCGGCUUGGCUGCACAGAUGUCAAGUUCAAAGGCCCAAGGCAGCAGGUCAUACCGGAUGAACUGCUACAGAUUGCCGAUGCCAUCUUGUUGGAGGAGUGCAAAAGGGGUCUUGAAAUGGACUCAAAGAGUGUGCAUGGGAUUCUGACUGGGCUUCUGGACAUUUACAACGAGGAGGCAACGGAGUUCAAUCAAGACUCGGAGAAAAGGCACUUGGAACGGGUGGCUGAGUUGAAAGAGGAGGGCCGGCUUUCCACACAAGAGUUGGAGGCGAUUGCCAACGCCCCUGCGUCUCAGAUCCCGCUGAUUUCCAAGGAUGACUGGUGCAACAAAAAGAUGGACUAUAUUGUUUCGCAAUUCUGCUUGUUUGAGCCGAAGCGUAAAGUACUCUGGAAGAAUGGAGACCCCGGAACUUUGCCCUGCUUUUCGGGCAAGGGCUUUGCGCGGCGAAAGAAGAUUUCAAACGCUUUGGCUCAGCAUUUUGGGGAAGCGAGUGAGUUUCAAGGGCCCCUGGGCAAAGAAGUGUUUCAGGAGAUGAGGACAAAAUGGGCCCGUGAGAACAAUGUCAUUCUCUUGGGAGGUGAGAAGGAGGAGCUAGCCAAUUGGCGGCAUGGUGGUGACAAAGGGGCUCUUGAACAACACAUGGCAGUGGCCAGGGGAGGCUUCAAGGAGCUUUUACAAAUGACGGAAGCACCGGAAGUGGACCACUCGGUUUUGAUAUCACAAUGGUUGGCAACAAGGGAGGCUUGGGACAAGCGGAUUGCGGCCCGAGCUUUGGAUGGAAAACUGUUGGCCCCGUCGUCAAAGAAGCGGUAUGAAUCCUUCUGUGCUGAUCCCAACCGUACGAUGGUAGUGGACUUGGAGCAGCAGCGGGUGCUGCCGCCAUCCAGGGUGAAUUCCAAGACAGUGGGCGGGCGGUUCGUCAUCUUGACGGUUUCUAUGGCUCUCAAGGCAGAGGAGCUGACGAUUCGUUUCGGGAAAGGGCCGAAACACAAACUCAUUGUGAGAGAGUUUGAGUCUGAAGGCUGUGAUGAGGAAGAUCCGCACUUGGAUGGUGCUGUUGGCACUGCUGGGCCAGGGGAGUUCGAAGACUUGGAGGGGUGCAUGGAGGGCGACCCUGGGGAAGUGAUGGAUGAAUCGGAUGAAGAG